AAAAUAAUUUAUUUAUUUAUUCUUCUUUUAGCCUUUUGCUUUGUGAGUGUAAACGGGUAUCUGAUCAGGUGGUGCCAGAGAAACAGCCAUGGGAGAGACGGGGACCUCUAGGUUUCUGGGAAACUUAGACCCAAGUGCGCAGGAGUUCAGGCCGAGGAACCCAUAUAUCCAGAACCAGAUGAGCUUGUCUGUACCAACCCAAAUUUACUAUCCAUACACACAUCCACACCCACAAUUUGUAGCUUCAUCGGCGUACGUGAGACCUAUCGCCGGAAAGCCGCCUCUCUCUCCGCUGAUGUCGCCUUUGUCGGCAACACCUACUAGGGCGCUACUAUUGAGUUCGGUGCCGACGGACGUGAGCGAGGUGACAGUGAGAAGAGAAUUGGAGGCCUUUGGAGAGGUGAGGUCAGUGCAGAUCGAGAGAGUGUGUGAUGGAAUUGUGGCUGUUAGUUUCUAUGAUCUAAGGCAUGCACAAGCGUGUUUGACGGAGGUACGAGAACAACACAUGCAACAACAAAGUAGGCUGAAGAAGCACUACGAUUCCUUGUUAACACGAAAAUUAGCUUCUCAAGUGGAGCAUUUGCUUGUCCCACUACCACCGCCGGCACGUGGGCUUAUUGCAGGUCGUGCAGUUUGGGCUCAAUUCAUGAUUCCAGUGAGCACUUGCAUGCUGGACGACUAUAAUCAAGGAACUCUUGUGAUUUUCAAUUUGGACUCAGAGGUCUCCACCAGCAGUCUGAGGGACAUAUUCGAGACAUUUGGGUCAAUAAAGGAAUUGAGAGAGACACCAUUAAAGCGGCACCAGAGGUUUGUGGAGUUUUUUGAUAUCAGAGAUGCAGCUAGGGCUCUUAGAGAAAUGAAUGGCAAGAAAAUUCAAGGGAAACGUGUGGUAAUAGAAUUUAGUCGGCCAGGUGGUCAUGGCUGGAGGUUCUUCAAUGCCAUUAGUACUACCGCCCUAUCAAGUACUUACUCUACCACCAAUUCAACUGUAAUCUCCCCCUCAAGACUAGCUUACCACACAGUCACUUCGAGAUGCCCACCAGCAUUGCCUUGUAAACUACCAGAGAAAAGCUCACAUUUCAAUGUGCCUCCUCAUUCUUAUCUCUCUCAAACACAUCAUUCCACAAAAAAGUCCAAUGUUGGUAUAAACAAAAGGAGUUCAAAUGCUGGGAACAUUAAAGCUUCAAUGACAUCACUUCGUUUGACUGGUUCAGUUGUUAAUGGAAUUGAAGAUUCUAAAGGAGUUCAUAGGUGGAAUCCAAAGAAGAGCCCAAACGGUUCCUCAACAACAGAACAACAACAACAACAAGCUCAAAGAAAUCGGCCGUGGAAGGGAAGACAGAAGAACAUCGAUUCCUGUUUUCUAAUAAACGAGGAUGCCAAAACGGAAUCCCAUUACAGAGAUUCCAGAACAACUGUCAUGAUCAAGAACAUACCCAACAAGUACAGUCAGAAGCUCCUAAUGAACAUGUUGGAUAAUCACUGCAUUGACUGCAAUAAGCAGGUUCCCGACGGAGGGGACCAACCAUUGUCCUCCUAUGAUUUCAUAUACCUCCCCAUCGAUUUCAACAACAAGUGCAAUGUGGGAUAUGGGUUCGUGAACAUGACGUCCCCUCAGGCGACAUGGAGGCUCUACAAGGCCUUUCAUCUUCAAUCUUGGAAGGUUUUCAACUCCACCAAAAUCUGUGAAGUUACUUAUGCUCGAAUCCAGGGUUUGGAAGCAUUGAAAGAGCACUUCAAGAACUCAAAGUUCCUGUGCGACACGAAGACAUACCUACCAGUGGUGUUUUCACCGCCUCGAGAUGGGAGACAACUGACAGAGCCUCAACCCAUUGUUGGCAACAAUAAGCUCAUCAUCGGUAUCAUCACCAAUGACACUAAAGCUUCUGAUGACAACGAUGAUGGUGAUGAAUGGGAGAUGAUGAUGGACGGUCCUCAUAGGCUGAAUAAUGGUGGUCACGUCCGCGAUUAUGAUGAUGAUGUUGAGGAUUACAAUGACCACAAUCAAAGUCCAAACGAUGACGAUAGUGGCGAUGAUGAUGAUAGCACUAGUGUUAGUGCCUAAAGAUCUAUGUUUUUCCAUCUUUUAUUGUUACGUACCGAUGCUACCUCUUUAAUUACAAGACUACUACUAUUGAAAGCAGCUUCAACACCCAAUGGGGUAUUUAUUGAAUAUUGACCCCUCUUACAUAGCCACCACCAACCUCUCCAGCCUAAGGCUUUGUAUCUCGUUCUCAGGUUCGCUCACCCUCCCUCCAUUUACUCUCUCUCUCCCCCUCCCGUUUCUUUUUCUUUUUCUUGUUUUCUCCCAUUUUUUCC